GGAAUGAAUGAAGCGUCAUCCUUCAGGAGGAGCAACUUCUGCAGCGCGAGGCCUCACUGCACGCGCGAACAAGGACUCAUUACAUUACUUUUAUUCUCCAAAUCACAACAUAUAAGCACUAAAGCAUGUGGCGCGUCGGUGCGGUGAGUUUCGCCCUAAUCGCGUGUUUUCUCCGCGCGUCGCUGUGUGCGGAGGGGCUCGUGAACGAAGACGUGAAGCGCGCGCUGGACCUGAGCUCGCACCUCGCGAAGAUCACGACGGAGAUCCAGCUCGCGAACCACGGAGCUGCGCGCGUCAACAGCUUCACGCUCGCGCUGGAGGCCGAGCUCGCCCCGCACCUGGCCUUCAUCGGCGCAUCUGUAAAGGGGGAGGAAGAGGAAGAUGAGAGCCUUGAGCUGAAGGAGACAACAGUCCGAGGUCAAAGUGGGAAAUUCUUCGAGGCACAGUUACCGUCGUCUCUUGCUCCGGGGGCUAAGCUGCGGGUGAAGGUUGAGACAGUGUUCAGUCACGUGCUGAAGCCCUACCCCACCCACAUCACGCAGGCCGAGCGACAGCUGGUGGUCUUCCAGGGGAACCACUACCUGUUCUCCCCGUACCCCACCCGCUCCCAGACCACCCGCGUCCGCCUGGCCUCCAAAACCGUGGAGAGCUACACCAAGCUGGGCAACCCCACCAAGAGCGAGGAGUCCAUCGAAUAUGGACCGUUCAAAGACGUUCCUCCCUUCAGCCAGGAUGCCAUGAGGAUCCACUAUGAGAACAACUCACCCUUCCUCACCAUCAGCAGCAUCACUCGCACUGUCGAGGUCUCUCACUGGGGCAACAUCGCCGUGGAGGAAACCAUCGACCUGAGACACACCGGUGCUUACCUGAAGGGCCCUUUCUCCCGCUACGACUACCAGAGACAGUCUGACAGCGGCAUCUCAUCAGUCAAAUCUUUCAAGACCAUCCUCCCAGCCUCUGCUCAAGAUGUGUAUUACCGUGAUGAGAUCGGGAACAUCUCCACAUCUCACCUCCAAGUUCUAGAUGAUUCUGUAGAAGUUGAAAUCCGUCCCCGUUUCCCGCUGUUCGGCGGCUGGAAAACACAUUACAUCGUUGGUUAUAAUCUUCCCAGCUAUGAGUAUCUCUACAAUCUGGGAGAUCAGUAUGCUCUGAAAAUGCGUCUGGUUGAUCAUGUGUAUGAUGACCAGGUUAUUGACCAGCUGACUGUGAAACUGAUUCUUCCUGAAGGAGCCAAAAAUAUCCACAUGGAGACUCCCUACCCCAUCAGCCGCAGUCAGGACGAGCUGCAUUACACUUACCUGGACACCUUUGGCCGACCUGUGCUGGUGGCCACCAAGAACAAUCUGGUGGAGCAGCACAUUCAGGACGUCGUGGUUCACUACACCUUCAAUAAGAUCCUGAUGCUACAGGAGCCUUUGUUAGUGGUGGGGGCGUUCUACAUCCUCUUUUUCACUGUCAUCAUCUACGUGCGCCUGGACUUCUCCAUCACCAAGGAUCCAGCAGCAGAGGUGCGCAUGAAGGUGGCCUCCAUCACCGAGCAGGUCCUGACUCUGGUGAACAAGCGUCUCGGUCUGUACCGCCACAUGGACGAGGUUGUGAACCGCUACAAGCAGACCCGUGAUACCGGAGCGCUGAACAACGGCCGCAAGACCCUGGAGGCCGAGCACCGCACCCUCACCAAUGACAUCAGUGCAUUACAAGCCCGUCUCAAAGCAGAGGGCUCCGACCUAGCCGAAAAAGUUGGUGAAAUCCAGAAGUUGGACAACCAGCUGAAGGAUCAGGUGUCCCGAUCCUGUCAGGAGGCCGAGCGCCUGGUGGCUGGAAAGGUGAAAAAGGACACCUACAUCGACUCGGAUAAAGCCUUGACAGGCAAGAGGCAGGAGCUGGUCAGCCGCAUCGACAGCCUUCUGGAUGCCUUGUAAAUCAGCCACCAGAUGUCCAGUCUUCAGCCGGGCCAUGUCCUCGCCCUCAGAAGACGUCACCCACACUCAGACUGGACUGACAGAUCAAUAGUGUACACUCACAAACAAUCUGCAUCAUUCUGUGAACAUCAUGCUUGUGCCUUCGUAGGACGUGAAAGUGAUUUUUGCAGGAUGUGCAUGUUGUUUUGUGUGAUUUGGAAGAGGGUUUUGUGUGUGUGUACUUGGAUGCAAAAUCUUUUAUUUUUUAAGUUUCAAGUUUCUGAAUGUCAAAUGCAGUCUUCAUUCACAAGAUUCCUUUUAAUAUUCCUCUGCAGUUUUGGAGUCUGGUUUGAAUUUAAAUUAGCUCUGCAACCCCUCACCUAAAAAACACCUUUGCACUUAUUGUUUCCAAAAAAAUGAAAGAAUAGAGAAUGAUCUGCUCUGUGUCCUAAAAAAAGAAGUAUGUAACCGCAGAUCCUGAAACGGUUGCCACUGAUAUGCUCAUGUUUGCAAAUUUUCUAUUGGGGUUUUAUUUCUCAUAUUUUUGUAUGAUUUUCAUUUUUUUGUAAACGAUGCAUUUCAUAUCUACAGUGAAUGAUACUGAUUUUUGUAUGCCGAGGGUAAAUGUGACAGAUGUUGCUUGUAAAUCAUUUCCAUCAGUCCAUGAAUAAAUAAGGUAUGUGAAACCAGA